GACCAUUUCCAACUAUUCGUCCGCAGUGACCUCCGCCACUUCCAUCCCUUUAAUUUGCAGUUUAAACGUUGGCCGACUGCAAACCCAUACAGAGGGUCUCGCCAAUCUAGCUAUUGCACCAGCCUGCCUCAACGUCUCGGCUGUUUCUGUAGCUAAAUUGGAAAAUGGCGUUGCUAACACCUCUCUUAGCAUUCCUUUACCACUUGCCGCAGGUGUACAAAUGGCUGCUGAAACCGUACUAUGUCGCAUCUCUGUUCAUGUCAAUAGCGUUUCUCAUGAUUCGCAAGACCCCGGGUAUCUGCGAACACCUUUCAACGCAACGAGAGGAUGGCAACCCUUGUGACUUCGACUGGAGAGAAGUGGAGAUUCUUAUGUUCCUCAGUGCCAUUGUCAUGAUGAAAAACCGGAGAGCUAUAACGGUGGAACAGCAUGUCGGAAACAUCAUACUGUUCAGUAAGGUGGCCAACGUCAUCCUCUUCUUCAGACUAGACAUCCGCAUGGGUCUGCUCUACCUCACCCUCUGCAUCGUUUUCCUGAUGACCUGUAAGCCCCCCCUCUACAUGGGCCCGGAGUACAUCAAGUACUUUAAUGACAAGACCAUAGACGAUGAAUUGGAGAGGGACAACAGGGUGACGUGGAUCGUCGAGUUCUUCGCUAACUGGUCACCGGAGUGUCAGUCCUUCGCUGCCGUCUACGCCGACCUCUCCCUCAAGUAUAACUGUGCUGGCCUUAAGUUUGGGAAGGUGGAUGUUGGUCGUUAUGGAGAGGUUUCGAAGAAGUACAAGGUGAGCACGUCUCCCCUGUCCAAACAGCUUCCUUCUCUGGUGCUUUUCCAGGGCGGCAAAGAGGUGAUGAGGCGCCCCCAGGUGGAUAAGAAGUUCCGUGCCGUGUCUUGGAGCUUCACUGAGGAGAACAUAAUCAGAGAGUUCAACCUGAACGAGCUCUACCAGAAGUCCAAGAAACUCAACAAGACCAAGGGAGACGGGGGCGACAAGAUCAACGAAUCGCAGUUCCCGACCGUGCUGGAGGAGGAGGAGCCUGAGCCGGAGGUUGACACCAAAGAGGAGACAGAGACCAAGAAGGACAAAUAGGAUCGCGGAGGGGAGAACACUGACAUCACAAUGGGACUGGGCUGUAUUAUGCUGAUCAUGAAGGGGCGUGUGAUGUUCAGUGGGGGUUCUAUCAUGGGAACAAGCAACAUACAUGUUUCCGAUUCCUUUUUUGGUUUGGUACGCAACAACAUUUUUGAUUGGCUAUUACUAUGAUUGUCUUUAAUACCUUAAUAGAAACUAACGUCAUCUAAACUGUACAGAGAAACCUUUGUGUCUCUCCGUCACCGAUACAUUUGUGGAGAACCUCCAUGCUUACCAUUGCGUGCGUCCCGAAUGACACCCUAUUGCCCAUGGAGUGCACUACUUUUUAUCCAAGUGUUAAGAGCUCUGGUUAAAAGUAGUGCACUACGUCCGACGCAGACGGCGUGCUGACUCUUGUAGAGGAUCAGAAGGACAGGGCAGGUGUUGACUGACUGAUCUACAAAGCGCUAUGAAUAUCUCUUUGAAUCGGUCACCAACGCAGUUCAGAGGCCCUCUUACACGACCGGCGACUGACCACAUUUAAUAUUGGGCAACUGCAGUGGACAUGUUUCAUAUCAGACCCCUGCAAAGUAUUUGCUUGGGAGUGCUGUUUAAAGUAGCCAUUUGUUAUCAAAAGGGCCUCGUUGCUUUUUGCUGCAUGUCCAUUGGUUAAGACAUUGUGAAACAUUUGAUAUUGGCUGCUUCCAUAACAAUGUAUGAAAAGGUAGGGCCUGACGGUAAAUAUGGAGAGGAUGCGUUCAGUAAGGAUGCGUUCUCGAUGCGUGUGGCACGUAGAUAGAAGGUGGCGUCAGUCCCAAAACGAUGUUGGAAAUGUAUUGUCUCCCCACUGUAGGUCCAAGUUUGGAGGGGUCAUCUCACGGUCCAUAACACUGGUUCUAUGAUUUCAUGCUAUAGUCUGUCAGCAAAACGUGUCGUUCCUGGAGGACAGUUUUUGUUUUCAAUUCGUGAUGAUUCCGUAGGGAAAGAUGAAGACAGAGGAUUGGAGAGUAAACCAUGUUCUGCUUAUGAACCCUAACGGCGUGCGAGAACGGAUAUUUAAUAGAACAAAAAAAAAAAAAAGGGAGAACCACAUCAGAGGUGGAGUUGUGAAUGGCUGAGGUCCACACGGUGUUCGCCUGUGUCUUUGUCCCUUAACCCUCCAUUUCCUGACAGAAAGGGUUGAAGGACUUUGACCUCCCAACACUCCCAUUUCUGGGCUGGUUUUGCCUGUCCACACUGACAUUUUAAUCCUGAUGUUUUCUUAUUUAAAACCAAUUUUAGUGUUAUUUUGUAAACCGUCGACAUUAACACAUUUUUAUUUGACUUUAUUUUUCACUGGCGGUAGUUUACUCAGUCAGCUUUAACGUAAUCUACAUUUUACUACCUGUUUUGACAUUCCAUUGGUUUCUUUAGAAUCCUCCUGUCCGUUCCUACAUCCCUUUUGGGGUGUGUCGAUUCAUUCCGUGUGUCUGUGUAUAUGUGCGCCAAUGAGUGAAUGGUUGAGUCUACCUGCUGCUUGAGGUCAAACCAUGUGGGGUGUCUGACAAGUCAGUUUUUGUUUCACGCAAUAAAUAUUUGCACAUUAAUACA